AUUUCUGUGCUGAGAGAGAGGGAAGGAGAGAGAGAGAGGUAGAGAGGUCUGCUGGGAAGGACGCAGUUGCAGCACUGGGAAGUAUUGAGCAGCUGGAGGAAAUAUUUGUGAAGGGUUAGCUACUGGAGGAGGCUGCCCAUGGCUCAGUCUGCUAACACUGUUGACCAGGAUCUGGCCAGCAAGAGGCUACACUCGAGGAUGGAGGCUUCGUGUCUGGAGUUGGCGCUGGAUGGAGAGCGGCUGUGUAAGGCGGGGGACUUUAAAGGUGGGACAGAGUUUUUCGAGGCGUCUGUGCAGGUGGGAACAGAAGACCUGAAGACCCUCAGUGCCAUCUACAGCCAGCUGGGCAAUGCCUACUUCUACCUGAAGGAAUACGGCAAGGCCCUGGAGUACCAUAGACACGACCUCACUCUGGCCAGGACAAUAGGGGACAGGAUAGGGGAAGGGAAAGCCAGCGGUAACCUUGGAAACACGCUGAAGGUUUUGGGGCGAUUCGACGAGGCGGCAGUGUGCUGUCAGAGACACCUGGACAUCUCUCAAGAGCAAGGGGACAAGGUGGGAGAGGCCAGGGCUCUUUAUAAUAUAGGGAACGUGUUCCAUGCCAAGGGAAAGCAGCAGUUAUGGGGCUGCACCCAGGACCCUGGGGACCUCCCACCAGACGUCAGAGAUACACUGCAAAGGGCUACUGGCUUCUACGAGAUGAACCUGUGUCUGGUCAAAGAGCUGGGGGACAGAGCUGCUCAGGGGAGGGCCUUCGGUAACCUAGGCAACACCCACUACCUGUUGGGAAAUUUUGUGGAGGCCAUCAAAUUCCACAGACAGAGACUUUCCAUUGCCAAGGAGUUCGGUGACAAAGCAGCAGAACGUAGAGCCUAUAGUAACCUUGGCAAUGCUCUGAUUUUCCUGGGCCAGUUCAACACUGCCACUGAGUACUACAGGAAAACUCUGCAGCUGUCUCGUCAGUUAAAGGACCAGGUGAUGGAGGCCCAGGCGUGUUACAGCCUGGGUAACACCUACACUUUGCUGCAGCAGUACGAGAGAGCCAUAGACUACCACCUCAAACACCUCCUCAUAGCCCAGGAGCUCACUGACAGGGUUGGAGAGGGCCGUGCCUGCUGGAGUCUGGGAAAUGCCUAUGUGUCUUUAGGGAAUCAUCGCCAGGCCCUGCACUAUGCCCGCAAACACCUGGAUAUCUCCAGAGAGAUUGGGGACAGGAAUGGCGAGUUGACUGCCAGGAUGAAUGUGGAGCAGCUGAUGGAGGCUCUGGGGGUCAACGAGAGUGACCUUUCACCCUGCGGGUCAGAGUUUGAGGUGCAAGGAGCCAGACCCAAAAUUACCAAGAGAAACAGUAUGGACAGUGUCGAACUGUGGAAGUACUCGUCAGAUAAGAAUGGAGACAGCCAGGAAUUGGACAGUAUAUCCCGGAGAUCCAAGAGUAAGCAGUCUCAGCCAAGUAGAGGGAAGGGCUACCCCGACAGCCAGUCCUCAGAUGAGAGGCAGUGGUUUGACUCCCCUGUGGACGCCGAUGAAGUCACAGUCCAAGUCCCGCCUCCGAAGCUAAGUCGUGACCCCUCUGAUGAGGACUGCUUCUUCGACCUCCUCAGCAAGUUUCAGAGCAGCCGCAUGGACGACCAGCGCUGCCACCUUGACGACCCGAACAUGGAGAACGGAGAAAACGGCGAGAAUGAAGGGGCUGUCUCUCUUAAUGAAAUGCUAGAUCCAGCGCUCAUCACCUCGCCCCAGACAGAGGAGCUGUUUGACCUGAUCGUCAGCUCCCAGAGCCGUCGCUUGGACGACCAGCGGGUCAGCGUCAGCAACCUGCCCGGCCUCAGGAUCACCCAUAACAACCUGGGCCACCUGUGUGUUGAUACAGACCCCCAGGAGCCCAGCGAUGACUUCUUCAACAUGCUCAUCAAGUGCCAGUCCUCCAGGAUUGAUGACCAGCGGUGCUCCCCACCAGAAGGGGGCCCCCGGGCUCCCACGGUGCCUGACGAGGACUUCUUCAGUCUGAUUCAGAGAGCACAGGCCAAGCGCAUGGACGAGCAGCGGGUCCACCUCCCCUCAGAAGAACAGGACGGGCCCGACUCCGACCCAUCCGGGGACUCCAGCUAGGGGCCCAAGCAAUCAGCCCUGGGGGCAGGGUUUGAGACUGCGACCGUUUGACUUGGCAAUGCAAAACAAAUUUUUAAUUGGUCGCUAGGGUGUCAGUGAAAAUGUUUUGCUUGUCAUCUUAGUUUUUGGUUCACAAUUAACUUUUUUUCUAUUAUCAAGAUUUAUUCUAACAGCAGUGGGCAGCAGCAAUGGGUAUGCAAACCAGGUAUUCAAAAGUUUAGUCCGGAGUCUUGGUUGAAUCUGUGCGAUGUGCAAUUCAGGCAUCAUGCACUGUUUGAAUGAAUGUGUCUAAAGGCUUUCCUAAAAAACCUUCCCAAUUAAAUGUUGACUGGAAAGUAGGACUACCUGACAGAAUUUGGGGCGGCAGGUAGCCUAGUGGUUAGAGCGUUGGACUAGUAACCGAAAGGUUGCAAGAUCAAAUCCCUGAGCU